UUAGCCAGCCGUCCAGUUUCAUCUUUCCAAAGGAUCCGCACUUUCUGGAUAAGAUGAUAUUUGCCCUCCAGCAGAAGGUGGCAGUUCUCCUCUGCUUCUGGUUGCCCACAGUGUACCCUUGUGACCAGACCAUCUACCCCGUGGAUCCUGCUGUCCCAUUUGGGGGUUCUGUGACCCUGAACUGUACCAGCUCCUGUGCAAAUGACACCGAGCUGAACUGGGAAUUGUCUGUCCGAGGAGACACCCAGAAGGGACCUGGGUGGAUUUCUGUGAGCUUUGUCAACAUAACACUCUGGGAUUUUCAGCCAGUAUGCUUUGGAGACUCAGCAAAAGCUCCCACCAAGAUGCCCAUCUAUCUUUACCAAUUCUCAUCCCCGGAUAUCCAUCUCGCUUCUGAGAUCAUAGCUGGUCACUGGCACACAGUCGUCUGCAACAUCUCUAGUCUGAAGGUCAGAGGCCAAAUCCCAACCAACAUCAACAUCUCCCUGAGUAGUGGAGGACGCAUCCUGAACAGCAGCCAGGGCAACUCAUCUGUGGAGUACACCUCUGUGGCUAAGCUGGAACAGGAUGGAGCCGAGAUCCUUUGUGUGGCCCACCUCAAGGUGGGCAGGGAAGUGCUAGAGAAGACAGCAAAUAGCACCUUGAAGGUUGCUGCCCAGCCACACAAUAUCAGCAUCAUAUCAAGUGUCACAGCAUACAAAGCUGGUUCGAACAUCACGGUGACAUGUCGUGCAGAAGGAAAUCCCUUUCCGAAAUUCACGUGGGAUCUGCCUUCCCCUGUCAACGUGGAGUACUCCAACCGCAACAGGACGGUCACGAUCCAUUCAGCGCAAAGCUCCCAUAAUGGGACUUACCAAUGCCAUGCGCAAAAUCCCUACGGCAGCGAUUUGGCACACAUUGAUAUCCUCUAUGAAGGGAAGUCUCGCAACUGGGUCACUGCUGUGGUGGUGGUGGUGGUAGUAUCACUGCUGGUCACAGUCUUUAUCAUUUACUACCGAUGCCGAAAAUGAUAACUGGGAAGAUGACAGGUCUAGACCUCUUAUGGGGACGCCGAGAUUGCUGCAGAUUCCUUCCUUUGACAAGCUGCAACAGAUACUGCAAAAGAGGGAAAUCUUUGUGUGGUUCAGAACUCCACAGGUGCCAAAAACUGGGUGAUCCUUGCUGGACCCAAUCCCCACUAUAUCUAUCCUUACACUGAAGGAAACAUCUCAUGUUCCUAGGAGCAGCUUUACAACACCUAGAACGAGUGUCGUCAAAACAAAGGACACAGAAUAUAGAAACCGGCACUGAAUUCAACUUCCUGAGAAUGUCUGUCUUCAUUGGGGGGGGGGGGGAAUCAAAUUUUAAACCCGCUAAUGAUAUGCUUGAAUGGGUAUCGGUGUUGUCUGCAGAAAGGUUCCCCGUUUCCUUCAGAGUUGCUUUUCCCAUCUCAUGAUUAUCUGAUACAAAAUAAAUUAUGCAAAGGAAAAAAACACACAGACUAGAAACACAAAACUAUGAUAAGCUAUGUGAGUUUGCUCAGCUGGCAUCAUUUGUAGCAGAAUUUAGCUAUCCUUGGUGUAGAAUCUGGAGCUAAACCAACCUGGAGUUUCCUUGGUGGCCCGUUCCCUUGCUCAAGCUGCUUUGGGUUAGAAGAACACACAUGGGAAGAGGCAGGCAGUGCUGCCUCCCCGGGGUGAUUCCACAGUGAGGUUUUCCCCAGUUUCAGCCAUUCACGUCAGGCAAUUUUUUUCGUUUUGUUUCCACACCACGCUACAUCGUGUGUGAAUCGCAGACCACGCAGUUUUUCUCCUGAAAAUCAGAAAAAAACUAUCUUCCCUGGGUGGAAGUCAUUUUUUCAUAGAUUUCGAAGGAAAGGUAUGCUUUCUGCUUAAAUGAACGGGAACGCUGCCCGCCCCCCCCACGCAUUUUCACAGUGAACCCCCUGCCACUGUAUGUGUUGAUUUCGUUCACAACAACACUAUUGUGGGCUUUAUUUUGGUUUUUUAUUUUUUGGUCAGGGCAAAGUCAAUUAUGACAGUAUAAAACCUAAGAAAUCCCAUUUUUCUUGUGAAGGUUGACAUACAUAGCAACCAUAUACAACGCUCCACGGGUGUGCAUAGGUUUGCUUGAAUGUAUUGGGAACUGAUCCUUCUUGCCCAUUUCACCACAACUUUUUUUUUUAAUUACAGAACAGUGCAAUUAUAAUAUUCGUGUCACGUUGUAAAUUUGUGGUUUCAGAAAUAGUGUUGUCUUUCAUGCAACUGUAAUUCUAGAGGAGGAGACAACAAGAGACAGACAAAAUAAUCCUAGCGGGAGGUUUGCACAUGCCAGAUGCCUGCGCUACAUUACACGUUUUCACUUUCACCAUUGCUGGAAUGGUGCGACACACUGUUCCAGGUACAUCAUAAAACGGUGCUGUCCAUAUCAGGAAUUGGUUGCUUUUGCAUGCAACAUUAAGCUUGGGAAGAAGGCGACAGAGAGAGACAGUAGGAUUCUAGUACUGUGUUAUUCUGGAAUAGCACUACAUAUAGGCCAUUUUUAAAACAAGGUUGUUGUAAUCUGCAAUUUUGGAGCUGCGUUGCACAUUCAGCCAAAGUUUUUUAGUUGGGGCAGCAGUGAAUCAUAGCAAUAAGUUCUUUAAUGUACUUUUAUGUGCUUAUAGCAUUAUAGUUUUGUCGUUUGUUGCUUUUCGUUCAUGUUUUACUUGUGUGUUUUGUUUGCCCAAUUGUGAUGGCAUUUGGCCGCAGGGAGUAAACAUUUUCACUUCACGACAGUAUGAUGGCAGCAUCAAAAAGCAGAUGCCAUCUGCAUCUUGGGUGAAAGAGAAACCACAGCUAAUAAUGGUUGGAAACUGCAUUAUCCUAUGCUGUGCGGAAUCUCCAUGGCAAGCAUGAAUGGACCAGCAAUUGUACUGGCACCAUGAGCACCAUUGUAAAAUCUCCUCUGUGUGGAAUAAAUAGUGUUUGACUCCUAACA